CAAUCAAACACACCACAUUUCUUAGCUUGUUCAUUACUCCAAAAUCUCUCUCUCUCUCUCUCUCUCUCUCUCUCUCACACACACACACACACUCACACACACACACAACCCACAACAUGAUGUCCCUAAAGAUGUUGUUCAUGUUAGCUAUACUCAUGGCUCUAGCCAUGACACUAUCACCAACAUCAGCUGAAGAAGAAUUACCCCUCAAUGGCGAAGAAGACAUUCAAACAUCUGAAACUUACGACAUUCCUUCACACCAAAGCCCAGAACCAAUUUCGCUUCGUGGGACAAAUCGAUUUCUUGCCCAAAAACUGGUACGUGUCAACAUUACAUGCGAUAAGUACCCUAGGGUUUGUCGUGCAAAGGGCAGCCCGGGGCGUGACUGCUGCAAGAAGAAGUGUGUAGAUGUGAGGACCGAUAGGCUCAACUGCGGCAUGUGUGGGAAGAAGUGUAAGUACUCGGAGAUUUGCUGCAAAGGCGCGUGCGUGAACCCGCGCAAUAACAAGAAACACUGUGGAAGUUGCGACAACAAGUGCGACAAAGGAAGCUUAUGUGUGUAUGGAAUGUGUAGCUAUGCAUAAAAACAUAUGAUAACAUAGAACAUUUGUGUAGCUAGAAUGUACUUUGUAGUACUAUUGAAAUUGUUUGUGUUUUCAAGGUUUAGGAACUUGUUGCGUGUGUAAGAGUAAUAAAAGGCAAGCCAUCAAUACAUGGAGGGCUUUGCCAAUGUCUAUUUAUUCUUUAAUAUCGUGUGUGUAAUUGUAACAUUGAUUAUCAUUGAUUCAGUAAACGUGAAUAGUUGAAUUCUUAA